UGCCCGGGAGUGGGUGUCACCUGCCGAAACAACUUGUUGAUUCCCAGGAGCCUUGUUGGCUCCGACUGUGGCUCACCUGUUUCCAGAUCUCUGGGACGCUCGCCCCGCACUCCUCAGCCAUGAGCAAGUUGGGCAAGUUUUUCAAAGGGUCCCGUUCCUCUCGGACCCGCACGGCUCCCAGCGCCCAGGAGGCCCUGGCUCGCCUCCGGGAGACCGAGGAGAUGCUGGCCAAGAAGCAGGAGUACCUGGAGAACCGAAUCCAGAGGGAGCUUGCCUUAGCCAAGAAGCACGGCUCCCAGAAUAAGCGAGCUGCCUUGCAGGCACUGAAAAGAAAGAAGAGGUUUGAGAAGCAGCUCACUCAGAUUGACGGCACCCUUUCCACCAUUGAGUUCCAGCGAGAAGCGCUAGAGAACUCACACACCAACACUGAGGUCUUACGGAACAUGGGUUUUGCUGCCAAGGCCAUGAAAGCGGUUCACGAAAACAUGGAUCUCAACAAAAUUGAUGACUUGAUGCAAGAUAUCACAGAGCAGCAAGACGUUGCCCAAGAAAUCUCUGAAGCAUUUUCUCAAAGGGUUCAGUUUGCUGAUGGCUUCGAUGAGGAUGAGCUUCUGGCAGAACUUGAGGAAUUGGAGCAGGAAGAAUUGAAUAAGAAGAUGACAAGCCUGGAGCUUCCAAGUGUGCCUUCCUCGUCCCUCCCAGCACAGCCCAGUAGGAAGGCCAGCAUGCCCUCCUCCAUGCACCGGUCUCGAGCAGCAUCUUCCAGGAGGGCAGAGGAAGACGAUGACUUCAAGCAGCUGGCAGCUUGGGCCACAUAAGCUACAAUGUGAAAAAUUUGACACCUAAGUUAUUGAACUGCACAUAAGACAUAAAUGCUUUUGCAAAGAUCAGAAAUUAGCAGAGACCUGUUUUAUAUGAAUUAUUGUCUUUAAAGUAACAGUUAAGCUACAGUCAGGGAUGGAAAGGGGACAGUAGCAUUAUAGGAGAUUCUUCCAGGUUGAUGGAGUUGGGACUUGUCUACCUGCUUUAUUUACCACUGUGUUUCUAGCCCUGGUACAUAGUUGACUUUUGUUUUGUUUUUUGUAUAUAUGCAUUGAAAGCAAACUGAAUUUUACUGACAUUUAAUACAUAUUCCAAUUUAUAAGCCAUCCCAAGGAAUACCUAGCAUAAGUGAGGGGAAAAUGUCUAUGCAAAUACAAGGUAGCUGUGUGCAUCCAGGUCACCUGCAGUAAAAACACAUACAUGGCUAGAACAGACUUGUUUUAGUGAGUCUAUGUAUACAUAGUUUCACAGCUGAAAAUCUUCAGGGAGCUUUCCUUUAAUUGAUGUUCAUUCUGCCAAUUGAGUUUUGAGUGGGGCAGUGGGUGAAUCUCCCCAAAUACCUGAAGGCAGUGACAGCUUAGUGUGCUGAGCAGGACUCUCCAGGGUGUGAUCAGCACUUGCAGGCUGCUCCCAACACUGCUCAUUCUCUUCUGUUUUGUGUUCUUUUGUACUUCAACAGAAACAAAACAAAAAACAAAAUCCAAACACUUCACAGCAUGCACUUUGCAAAUAUAUUAAAAUCCUGCCAAUUAAAAAAUAUAUAUCUUGAGUAAAAUUUUUCCUAUAAUUAUCUUUAAAUGAAAAUAAAUUAUAAACUUAGGUGUCAUGUAUGCCAUAUCAUAGCAGUUAAGUGUCAAAUCCCAUGAUGUAUGGUGUUCUGGUGUUUCCUCCACCCAUUUGAACAACGCUGCCUGUGGAUUGGGAAGAGUCCCAGGCUUCACGUACACAGUCUUUGACCACUUGUUUCCGGUUUGGAAGUCUGAGUGUUGUGCUGGAUGAUCCCAGGGCUCCCAUUCUGCCACAGGUGCUUGGCAUUCUUUCUGCCCCGCAGAGCAUACAUACCAAAUUCUCCUCAUUCUCUAAAUUCUGGCUAAAAUUUUCUAUCUUGGGAAACUUUUAAAAUCUUCUCCCUGUAUACUUGUUUGGUUUUUUUUCCCCACCCUGCUUACUCUCAUGGCAUUUUUUUUUUCAUGCUCUGUAUCACACACCUAACCUGAGGGCUUUCUCCUGAUGGUCUAUGGUAAGGUGAGGGGUGAGGCUCCAUGUCUUUAGUAGUCUAUUUCCAGGGCUCUUCAAAAUCUCUCAUAUACAGCAAGCAGUCUGUCAAUAUUUCCUCAGUGCACAACAACCAAUAGAUUGACAGGAUUUACCUUCUGCCCUUAAAUAAUUAUCAGAUUGGACCAAGCCUGUGAAGCAAAAGUGAAACAAGAGUGUUGGAGUAAAGCAACAGGACUUAACUUAGACACUGAACUAAAGACAGCACUGGACAGUGAUGCCUAAGAGAAAGGAGACCCAUGUGGUAAACACACCUAGUGACCUGGCUCGCUGAAGGAGAACUGGACAGAGCCAGAUGAUUUUGGUGAGUUUAUUUUUGUUGGGAAAGGGUCCUAGAAAAGAGACUGUUAUAGAGACAGGUAGAUUCAUCUGUACAGGAAGGAGUAAUCUAUAGAAUAAAUGUUUGAAUGUCCUCUAGGGCACAUUUACAAUCCUACCUCCAUGAUGGUGGAUAUCUUAGUUAGGGCUUUACUGCUGUGAAUAGACACCAUGACCAACGCAGCUCUUCUAAAGGACUAUAUUUAAUUGGGCUGGCUUACAGAUUCAGAGGUUCAGUUGAUUAUCAUCAAGGCAGAAGCGUGGCAGCAUCCAGGAAGGCGUAGCUUGGGAGGAGUUGAGGGUUCUACAUCGAUCUGAAGGCCUCUGGAAGAAGACUGUUUUCAGGAAUCUAGGAGGAGGGUCUCAAAGCCCAUCCCCACACUGACGCACUUCCUCCAAGA